AUGGCGCGCUGCGGCGGCGGCGCGGCGCCGAAGGGCCCCGGCCCGGCGGCGGCGGAGCGGCAGCGGCUGAAGGAGGCGCUGGCCGAGCAGCUCCGGCGGGAUCUCGACAGGCUGCUGGCGGAGGGGACCCACUCCGACGUGACCUUCCGAGUCGGCGGCGAGGAGGUGCGGGUGCACCGGGCGGUGCUGCUGGCGCGGGCGCCGCUGCUCUGCGAGCGUCUGGCGGGGGGACAGCUACAGCUGGAACCCGCGGAGUUACGGGAAUUCCUGCGGAUUCUGUAUUCAUCUGAUAUAAAUCUUAAAGAAAUUGAGGAGCUGUUUAUGAGGAAAAUACAAGAAAGCAACAAUCCUACUCUUCAGAUUGCUCAAAAAAAUGUACAUUGUCUUGGACAAAGUAAAAGAACACCAGUUGACCAGAAUACUCCAAGUGGAGCUGUGCAGAAAGGAAUUGUUUGUUGGCCUGGUAUUGAGGAAGAAAUUCCAGAAGCAGUCAUUGAUACAGAAAGCAACAAAGCCGCUGGAGGUCAUUCCAAAGUAGAAACCGCAUCUGUGUUAGGAGAAGAGUUAUUGAUGCUCUACAAGAAGUGCUGUUGUACAGAUAUUAAUAUUUGCGUAGAAGGCAAACAUUUUCAAGCUCACAGGGCUAUUUUAUGUGCCAGAUCUAGUUACUUUGCUGCCAUGCUGAGUGGAAGUUGGGCUGAGAGCUCUCAAGAGCACAUCACUCUUCAAGGUAUAAGCCAUGCAGAAAUGAAUGUUGUCUUGCAUUUUAUAUAUGGAGCUAUUCUGGACUUCCCAGAUGAAGUUGAUGCUGGUCACAUGUUGGGCAUUGCAGACAUGUAUGGGCUGGAUGGACUAAAAGAAGUAGCUAUCUACAUUUUGAAAAGAGAUUACUGCAAUUUCUUCCAAAAGCCUGUUCCUGGCAAACAGCAACCUGUACUAGAGUGCAUGGCUAUUGCCCAUUCACUGGGAGUGGAAAACCUAUAUGCUGCUUGCAUGAAAUGGGUAGGAAAACAUUUUGCAAGAUGUUUUUCAGAGAAAAGCUUUGCCAAUUUACCUACUGAACUUCAGAACAAUUGUCUUGUUAUGUUGAUUAACUCUUUGACCCCUGAGAAUGCUGCUUUCCGUUUGAUGGAGAGUGACCGGCUGAUCAAUAGCCUGCCCCGAGUGAAGUGGACAGAGACAGCUGUGGCCUUGGCAUCACAGCUACAUGAGGAAUGUGUAACCUUUAUUGUUGCAAACUUCCUAUAUGUAGUACAAAGUGAAGGCUUCUCUGUUUUGUUGCAGGCACAAGCAAUGAGCAGCAAACCUGACCUCCUAGAACUAAUUUUCAAUGCAAUUGAAAAAAGCAUUAAUAAUGAAAAUAGCUGCUUUCUUCUUGUAGCAGUGGAUAUGUUGUUGGACUCCGAAAAUGUGAAGGAGAUGGGUUUUACGUGCACGAUCCAGGCGCUGCGUGAUAAGCUCUGGGUCUUCCUGGUUCAGUCUUUUUAUGCUGUUCGUCACACAGAAGGCUGGAAGCUGAUGAGGCCAGACCAUCAACAGAAAAUACAAGCAGCUGCAUUUGACAAGGGUGAUGACCGAAGACUUGGCAAGAAACCUGUAUUCACCAGUUCUCAGCUAAAUAAAACUACUACGGCAUCUGUUGGUCUAAGGAAUACUUCCUGGGCAGAACAGAGCAAGAAAGAUUGCUUGGGAGAUUCUUCCACUAAUCGGGAUAAAAUGAAAUCUGAUGGAUUAGGAGCAUCUGGACAUGCAUCAACCAAUAGAAACACUGUUAGUAAGACUUCAAAGCAUGAGGAUGUUAAGGGGAAAGAUGGCAAAAAAUUAGUUUCCAAGAUUACUAAGGAUUCCAAACCUGGGGAAAAAGCUGCUCUGCCAAAGGCUAGAGCUGUUAUAAAGACAAAAAUAGAAAAUAAUGGAAAUGUGAAGGCUGAAAGCAUGCUUACCAAGCAAGAUACAGAAAAGACAUCAUCUGCAAGUGGACAAAAAAAUUCAGGAAGUAGCAAAGGACUAAGGAACCAUGAAGGAAAAGUUGCAGGUGCCAGACCUAAAGUGCUGACAGUAACCUCAAGCAUGCAGAACAAAACAAAGCCAUUGAAAAAAACCACAGGGAAGGAAUCUCCCUCCUUGGUGACUGUGGCAGCAACUUCAAGCAAGUCAGCAAAUUCAAACAUGGACAUCCAGACUGCGAGUGAACAGACAGAGGAACCCAAAGAGGAUAAAUCUGUAGAGGAGGGGAAAAAACAGACUGUAGUGAAAACAAAGGUAUCUGUGAAGGUAUCAAAUGGAGUCACCACCAAAAAUAAAAAGACUGAGCUUGAGGCUAAUGCCACAACAAGCAGUCUGACAAAAAAAGCAACAGGAAAAGGGUGUAAUGAGCAAAAUGUACAAGCUGUUCUAAAGAAAAAAGGGAAUGUGAGUAUGAAUUCUGCAGCACAGCAAAAGACUCAAAACACACCUACCAAUUCUCCCAAGAACCAAGGACCUCAGGGGGAAUCACCAAAUUCACUGAAAUCAGGAAUGUCUCCAAAACAUAAUGAAGAAAAAAACAUGUUACAACACCUGGUUCAGACAACAGUCCCAGAAAAACAUCCUUCAGCUAAGAAGAAGAGUAUUAAACAAUCACAAACACCUGCAACAAAAACCACUUCAAAAGUAACACCUAAGACUCUGGCUCCAUCAAAAAAUGCUGAGAUUACGAAUAGUAAAGACCCAAAACAGAAAACAGCUGUAUUAAAAUCUCAGUCCUCUGCCCAGAAGCAUUCAAGGAGUGAUUGUCCUGUUGUCCAAAAGAAUGUGCACACCACUGAGCACAAAGGUUCAGGACAGAAACUUGAGAAAAACACAGCUAAUGCUGUGGCAGAUCAGCUUCAUGACAAUAAAUUGCUGGAGUCCUGUCAAUCCAAUAGACAAAAAUUACCAGAUUCUUCUGAAACUGUGCAAUACAAAAUACAAUCCGAAUCUUCUCCUCAAAUUGCAGAAGAAACUAUUUAUAAACUGAAUGUUUCAAUACAAAAUGACAUGGAAACAAGACAAAUCUAUGGAGAUCAGACUGGAAUUAGAAAGACUGAAGAUCCAGACAAAGAUGAUAAUACAGCUGAAUUUCACUGUCAUGCAGAGUCUUCCAAUGAUGGAUAUUCAGACUUUUCCAAGGAAACCAAUCAAAAGGUGAUUGUUUUAGGAGAACUGGUAAAAGAUUCAAAAGCAACAAAAGUCUGUAAUGAACAGAGUGAUCAAAUAAACUCUGAAACAAGUCGUAAUUAUGGUGAAAAUGUUUUGUCAAGCUUUUCCCAAGUAACCAAUAAAGAUGAUGAGACAUCAUCUUCUCAGAUCCAUGUGGAAGGAUUUCUUACAAUUGAUGAACUGUGUGAUAUAUCAGCCUUGACUGAAUAUAAAUCAGUUGCAACAGAUUUAGAUGAUGCUUCAGAAUGUUCCACAGAACAAAUAACAGAAAAAUAUUCACCUAAUUACACAGAGCUUAUAGAGCCUAUGGAAAUGCCAGAAAACCAUGAAAAUGCAGAAAUUCCUUUUGUGGACCAUUGGAAUACUGGUGCUGUAGAUCCAAAAGAGAGUCCUGAAUCCGAUACUGGCAGUGCAACCACAUCAUCUGAUGAUAUAAAACCAAGAUCAGAAGAUUAUGAUGCCGGAGGCUCUCAGGAUGAUGAGGGAUCCAAUGAACGAGGGAUUUCUAAAUGCAGUACUAUGUUAUGUCAUGAUUUUCUUGGAAGAAGCAGCAGUGACACAAGUACACCUGAGGAAUUAAAAAUUUAUGAUAGCAGCCUAAGAAUAGAAGUGAAAGUGAAAAAAGAGAGUUCUGAUGUCUUUCGUGUUAAUUCAACAAGUGAUGAUGAAAUACCAAGAAAAAUUUGGUCCCAUCAAGAGAGUUCACGGACCACUACUAGAGAAAGCAAAAGUUCUACAUUUAGUAGUGCACAGUUCACUCAGGAAGCAGACCAAGUUUCUUCUUCUGCUGAUGAAACUGAAGAUGACAGAUCUGAAGCAGAGAACGUUGCAGAAAACUUUCCCCCGUCAAAUGUUCCUACUCAACCGUUCCAAGGAAUUGAUAAUUUAGCUUUUGAGGAUGCAACAGAAAAUGAUACUGCAAGUCAGGAGUUCUCUAAAACUAAAAAUUUCAAACGCUCUGUUUUACUUUCAGUAGAUGAAUGUGAGGAAUUGGGAGCUGAUGAUAAAGUGGAAACUCACACUUCACGUCAGCACUCAAUAGAUUCUCUUACUCCUUCAGAAGUAUUUGACAGUGUUUCUCAAGAGCACCACGGAACGACAUUUUAUUCAAGAUACUCAUUGGAAACUGAAGAGGGAUUCCUGGCUGGCAAACAGCAAAAGGAUAGAGACAAUAGAUUGGAUAAAAUUGGAAGUUCUGUCCUGCAUCUUCGUGGUACUGAAAUCCCAGGAAAGGACAAUCAAGGUGCUUCAAUGACUGAACAAAAUUGCCCAGAGAAAGUAUAUUCAGCAGGUAGUCCACAUCCAGGAGAAAACCAGCAAGUAAAUAUGAAAAAUGAGGUUGCUAGUGAAUUUCACACAUGCAAUAAGUACUUAGACAAUGAUGCAAAAUCUCAAGAAAGACCAUGUCAUCUGGAUCUUCAGCAGAGAGAAACUAAUUCUGAUGUGCAAAAGAGCAGCUCUGCAAAACCUGUAGAAGCCAGUAAGAAUCAGAUGCUGACUCAAGAAAGUCAAGUGAGAGACAGUCAACCAGCAACUACUGAAUGCGCUAAUACUGAUUUACUUCCAGGAGACAUAGAUGAUUAUGACACAAUGGCACAAACCUGCAUAUAUGAACAUCGGCCUUCAAAAACCCUUUCUCCAAUAUACGAGAUGGAUGUUGGAGAAGCAAUUGAGCAGAGGAUGGAUUCAGAAACAGCAGUUCUAGAGAUGGAUUUUGAAGAUCAACAGUUUGCAGAACAGGACUGGACUCUACUCAGGCAAUUGUUAUCUGAGCAGGACUCAAAUAUAGAUUUCAAAAACUCUCUUCCUGAAGACCUUAACUUAGCACAAUGUCUUAUCAAUCAGACACUGUUUCUGGCACGCGAUGGUUCGAAUCCUCAGGGUACCUCACAAGUUGACACAUUCAGUAGGUGGACUGAACUCAUGUCUCCACUUGACGACUCCUCAGCAAGCAUUACAGUGGCAAGCUUUUCAUCUGAAGACUGUUCCUCCCCUCAAGGGGAAUGGACAAUUCUUGAACUGGAAACCCAUCAUUAAUGUUUCACCUGUUUGCAACUGAACUCCAACCCAUUCCUCAAAUUAUUUUUGAUGAGUUGUUUCCAUACCAUAAUGAAAUACUGCAUCAGUCAAGAACGAGCAAUUCUUGAUACUAAGGCAAUCUUUCUGAUAAAAUGAGGUAAAUAUGUUAACUUAUCAUCUAGAUUAAAUCACAAGUACAGUAAUUUUUCAAUACUUAAAUAUAUGUCUUUUCUAAAAAUGAACUUGAGCAUGUAUUUUCUAGAAUUGUUAGAAAAACUAGAUGACAUGAAAGAAGAGUCUGGGUUUUUGCCUUCCCUUUUAUCUUCUUUUUUGACAUUUAAUGUUCUCAUUGAUCAAAAAUUUAAAGAUAAAUGCACUAUAGUAGACCUAUUCCUCUCCUUCCCCCCCCCCAAUAUGGUGACUUCAUUUUACAACAAUAAAGAUUUAGAAUGGUUGUGUCAAAAGGUGAUGUGUGCCAACACUACUUUAAAUGACAGAAAAACAUACUUUUAUUCAAAGAAAAUGUUUCAAUCUGAAUCUGCCUUAGGCCUUAUUAAUAUGAGCAGCUUGUUUCAUUUGUUUCUUCCAGAUUUGAUUUUUGUAUUUUGGUUUGUUUUGUUUAGGUGCUUCCAAUAAAUUUUUUUAAUUGCCUUUUCUUCAACUAUAAGACUUCAGAGGGUCUGUGCUGCAUGAAGACCACUGUUUCUUUCAUGAAAAUGCACAUAUUUAAGUAAAUAUUUUAAAUUGCAUAGUGCAUGAAUUCAAAGGAGUUGGUAGAAUGUUGCUCCUGCUCUAAGAAACAGCAUGUCUGAUGUCUCCAAAAGUACAUCUGCAUCUGAAGUUGUGGUCACUUUUACAUCUGAGGUCUGAUUUUAACUAGAAUUAACUUCAGGCAUUAAUUAAUUACACUUGCAUGUUCUCAUGCUGAAGUAUAGCAAGAUUCUCAGGAAUUUGGUUUUGUGUGUUUUCCUAGAUGCCACAUUUUUGGGAGUAAUAAUAGGAUUAUUGCAUUUUCAUUAGUAUCUCUAGCGUAGCUUUCAUAAAUUAAGACUAAAUGCCAUCCUUAACCUUUCUUUUGACUCAGUUAAAUAGGAUAUAAAGAUAAUUUUGCUGCUUGUGGCUCCUUUCUGAUUGACAGGGGAGGAGAAAACUUUUUGUAAUUCUUACCUAUGUUUUCAGAAACAUAGAGGGGUUUUUUCCCUGCAGAGAUUGGACCCUCUUAGGAUAUCUGCAUUAUGGAAACAGUAGUGCUUGUCUUUCACACAGCUUAAAAUCUAAAAAUGAAUUAUUCUACCUCCUCUUAGUCAUUAACAGAAGUGCCUUCAGAAGUGGGUGCUAUAUAGGAUUAAAAGGCUAGUAACAUUCUAUUUUGGUUGAAGCAUAGAGUACACAGCUUAAGCUGACUGUAACCACUGAUAACAUGGUCAGUUCUGCAAGCUUUUGCACAAUUCCAGCGGUGCACCUUACCUUGACAAACUAUAUUUCUUUUUGUUCAUAGUCAGAAACUCAGUUCUGCCCUAGCGUAUGAUUAAAGAAGUUAUGACUUUGGAUUUGACAGAAUAAAGAUCUUUGAGGCAAAAUAAUUUAUCUAGCAAAGCACUUUGCCAAAUUUCUGGUAUAAAAGUAAAAAUAAUGUUUUAUUCUUAAAAUGAAUGGAGGAAGAAAUUUAUCUUGUUCCUUAAUAUCAAGGUAAGGGAAAAAAAAAAAAAGGAAAAACUUCCUUUCUGUCAGUGGAAGACUCUAAACUCGUGGAAGGAAGAUGUUCAGUCUCAUCAUAAAAAUCUUUCAUCUGCUCUUCUAGCAGCAGGAUAAAUAGUCUGAGAUAUUGCAAUUCAAAAAUAUUAUAAAUGUAAUACUCUGUAUUUAACCCAGUCUUCAUAUGGUGGGAGUUAGAACCACCUUUAGAAGUACAAAACAUCAAGAAAACCUGUUUUUUCACCUUCAGCAUUUACAAAGUACAUCAGUAGGUGAUAAUCUUUUGGGUAAAAUAGAGAACUAUAGUAGUGGCCAUAGUAAAAGAUGCUAAGUAUUGAAUAGUGGUUUUUAAUGUCUGUGUAAAGCACUAAAGUAGAAGUUGUCUACCAAAAAGUUGAAUCAGCUUUAAAAUCCUGAUGAUAUUCUGACAGUGGUCAUUCACAUGUUAAACAAGAUGAGGUGAUGGAAAGGAGAAGUGACAGAAAGUGAAAGAAGGGAUCCUUUUGUCUAUUUUUUGCUUUGCCCAUAUUUUUAACUUCUUACUGCAUUGAUAAAAUGACAGUGAAAAUUGACACAAAAUUUCAAGCUUAUUGUAUGAAAUACAAUCACAUAUAGGGUUUUUUUUAAUUGUAGUUUUUGUCUUUGCAUUUACUUUUUCAUCUGUAUCAAAAUUAAAUUAUCAAGUCCCCAGUGAUGUUGUUGCAAUUCCUUUAACAGUUUUGCAGCAGACCACUGAUUAGGAUAUGGUAUUGUUCAGUUGGUACAGAGGCAGCAAUAGAAUUCAGCUUCCCACAGCCAAAUAGUGUCUGCAGAAGUAGCAGGAAUAGAAAGUGGUAUUGUUUUUCAUUCACAUUACUAGAGUGCCUGUGAGGCUUAAUCAGACCAGCAUCCCACUGGCUAGACAUUGUACAAACAAAGAGCAAAAACAAAGACUUCCCACAGAGUGGUUGGAAUCCAAGAUAAGACAAAAGACAAAAAAAAAAAAAUGCACAUGAAUGGAAAAGUAAAAUGAAAGUGUCAAUAUUUGUCUAGCUGAUUAGCAAUGGUUUCAGCACAUCAUCAGUUUAAAUAGCCGUUUUUUUCUCCUGUAUGUGUUAUGACAAGGAAAAACUUCAGGGUGAGAUUUGAUGGCUGGAUAGUGAGGAAGCUGGAAGAAUGUAUAUUCCUGACCAGCCUUAUGUGCUGCCUAAACUGUUUCACUCUGACCUCUUUCAGGAGAUUUUCCAAGCUUUAAGCCAGGUCUAGUUAGCUAUUUGUUUAAUAGUAUCAGUCACCCAAGUUCUUUGGAGUUCUUUUCAUACCUCCCGGCAGUGAUUUUAUCACUGUAUACACCUCUUCUCCAAAACAGGAGAGAAUGGAUACAGGUUUGUUUGAAAACUCCAUGGAGAAACAAUCAAAGGCAAUGAAGGCUCCAAGUGAUUGUGAGAUCCUGAAAGAACUGUAAAGCAAAGACAAGGUAGAUAGAUGCAUCUGAGGAAACAGUGAAGGGGUGUCAGUGAGGAAACUAAAAAGAUGGCACAGUCAGAAUACUGCCCUUGCAGUAGUAUUUGGAAUAAGAGCAGUGAAUUUGCUUUGUCAAAGCCUGAGAAGACCAGGUUGCAGUUAACAGGUGCAAGUGACAGCUUACCUGAGACUGUUCUGUGACUGGGCACAGAUGUCUGUAUCCUACAGAGAGUAACACCACGUUUAGUAACUAUCAGUGAAAUUUAAAGGAGGGGAUUUGGCAAUCAGUCUCAGAUAAUGACCCUGAUUUGGCCUACCUUGAUAGACAUGUUAUGAAAGUGAAAAAUAAGGAAAGAUGUUUUACAUGUAUGAAUGUAUUAAAAUUUUAAAAAGACUAGACCUCCAAAAGUGGUAUCUGUAGACAUAAUUACUUUUUUCCCCACUUGGAAAGUUUGAGUCUAAUCUGGACUGGAGAAGCAGCUCUGCAGGGUGUUUACAUAUAGAUAAUAGCUAAAAUUGUAUUUGUGGAGUAAGUCACCUACAGACAUACUGCAGACAGAAAAGGGAAGGCCAGAUGCUUGGAACUGUACAAGGAAGUGAGGAAGGGGGAAGUUCUUCCAAAUAAUCUAUUAAAAAUAAAUUAGGGAAGCAAA